AUGGAACCUAGAAGAAAAUUUGUAGCUUGCGAUAUAUGCAAACGUUCUUAUGACGAGUCGGUGUUGUUGCAAAAUAGUGACAACAAUUUCUACUGCAAGGAUUGUUUUAAACAAAAGCUCUGUUCAAGUAGAAAAUUGUGUGACUCCGACGAUAUAAAAAAAAGCAAAGAUGUGGAAAAGUCUAAACGCGAACCUUCAAAAUCGAGGAAAUUAAUUCCCAACCCAGAUAUAUAUAUUCAAAAUGUCAAUGCUGCCACGGAAUUACAUAGAAAUCAUAGUUUGACUAGUGUAAUGUCGCUUUCGAAGAAGCCUCUUCAAUGUCCUAAAGACGAAUGCAACAAGUACAUAUCCAUCGGAACGUUGGAGUUUCAUUUCAAAACGGAGCACAAGGAUGUGCCCGUUAUUUGCCCGAAUCUAGACGCGAGAUGCGCAUCGAAAUUUUAUCUCAGGGACAUCAGAUAUUGUGUCGUUCAAUGCAUAGCUCUGUUAAAAAUUGAGGAUUUUAAGCCCGACACAAGUGGAAUUUCGUAUAACUCAGCGCAGGAUCCUAAGCCAUUAAUGAUCCUGAUGUGUACUAGGAUCGCGGUUGUUCAUACAGAAGAAGGAAACGAGGUGGAAAGAGAUAGAGAAUGUCGAAUGACUCCGGAGCAAGAAUGUUUCGGAGAUGGGGAUAGAAUAAUUGUUUGGGUCGCUUCGAAUGUUGCAACAAAUCUGAGUUAUACGGUGGCUGUUUCUACUAUUGAUAGGGAAAUACGCCAGAAAUAUUUUGGUCCAGUAUUAACAUUGAAUGAGAAUCCAAAAAAUCUUUGCCGUGACGGAAAGUGCCUGAUUUUGACGCACAUUCACUGUAGAGGUAUGUCAGAAAAUGGCGCCCAACCUCUUGCUUUAGACGUCGUUAUACAUGGACCUGACUAAA